AUGCAGAUACGGCAUGCUAAAACAUGGAUUCCCGCUCACGAUCAGCCUGCCAGGAUCACUGCUAUGGCAUGGUCUCCCAACAAUGAACGACUAGCUAUAUGUGGUGCUGAUCGCAUCAUUCAACUAUUUGACGACAAGGGCGAACGGAAGGAUCGUUUCGCUACGAAACCUGCUGAUCCAAAAACUGCAAAGAGUUACCAGAUCGUCGCGAUGGCAUUCUCGCCUGAUUCGACUCGGCUGGCCGUAGCUCAAUCGGAUUGUGUUGUAUUUGUAUACAAGCUGGGCGUCGAAUGGGGAGAAAAGAAAUCGAUCUGUAACAAGCUUAUACAGACUGCUGAAAUUACUGCAUUAACUUGGCCAUUGGGACAGCCAAAUACGCUUGUUUUUGGAUCUUCUGACGGAAAAGUCAGAGUUGGAAACCUCAAAGUCAACAAGGCUGCUACUCUAUAUCAAACGGAAAGUUGCGUCGUAUCUGCAGCCAGUAGUCCAGACGGACUUGCUAUUAUUACAGGACAUAUGGACGGAUCCAUAAACAGAUUCUUCUUCGAUGACGGUGUAUCUGGUGCUUCACAGGGUCGUUUUACCAUGCACCCAUGUGCUCCCACGGCUCUAGCGUGGGGAGAAACUGUCAUAGCAGCUGGUAGUGAUGGACUGGUUGCCUUUUAUGACGAUAAAGGCAACCCGAUACAAGAGUAUGACUACAGUCAAGACGAAAACGAAGUGGAUUUCACGGCUAUAACUGUAAAUGCAAAUGGACAAUCUGUGGCGCUAGGAUCAUAUAAUGCCGUCUACACCUACAAUUGGCUCAAGAGUCAACAGACUUGGGAGGAAGCUAAACCGAAACAGCUUGAAAACUUUUAUGCAGUGUCAACUCUCAUAUGGAAGCCUGAUGGAUCACGACUAUACGCAGGCUCACAAUGCGGGGCAGUAGAAGAAUUUGAUUGCUGCCUUAAAAAGACUACAUACAAGGGUAAAUUUGAGUUUACCUAUGUUUCAUCAAGUCAAGUCAUUGUCAAGAGACUAUCAACUGGUGCCAGGAUUGUUCUCAAGUCACAUUACGGAUACGAAGUUGAAAAGAUAAACAUCUUUCAGGAUCAGUUCCUUGUGGCGCAUACUCCAGAGACUCUGCUGCUGGGUGAUUUAUCAAGUUGUAAACUCAGUGAGAUAUCAUGGACGGGCAGUGGAAACGAAAAAUUCUAUUUCGAGAAUCCACAAUUUUGUAUGGUAUUCAACGCAGGGGAACUCUCGCUAGUAGAAUAUGGAGUCAAUGAAGUGUUUGGCUCAUGUAGAACUGAGCACAUGAGUCCUCAUCUCAUCAGUGUGAGGAUCAACGAGUUGGGUGUCAAACAAAUUGCUUAUUUGGUGGAUUUGCAAACAGCCUUUGUCAUGGAUUUGAAUACAAGCUUGAACAUUGCUGCUAUACAUCAUGAUGUUAAUAUUGACUGGCUCGAGCUCUCAAAUGGUGGAACCAAACUCCUAUUCCGUGACAAGAGGAAACAGCUCCAUGUAUAUGAUAUACCCUCGCAGACUCGCACCACGUUGUUGUCGUUCUGCACAUAUGUAUCAUGGGUACCGAAUAGUGACGUAGUAGUCGCUCAGAGCAGAGGAAAUCUCUGUGUGUGGUACUCGAUCGACUAUGCAGAACGAGUCACCACAAUCCCAAUCAAGGGUGACGUCGACCGUAUCGCGCGAGCCGAUUCCAAAACACAAGUAAUUGUAGAUGAAGGAGUGAAUAUGGUUGCAUAUACUCUGGAUGACGCAUUGAUUGAAUUUGGAUCUGCUUUGGGGGGUCAAGAUUACGAUCGAUCCAUUGCGCUUUUGGAGACGUUAGGACUCUCGCCUGAGACCGAAGCUUUGUGGAAGUCAUUGGGACAGAAUGCCCUCAGAGAUCGUAAUUUGGCAGUUGCUGAAAGAUGCUUUUCUGCCAUGGGUGAUGUAGCUCGUGCUAGAUAUAUGCACGUUCUGGAUGAACUGGCUGACAAGUACAGAGCACAGGGCUGGACGAAUCCUACUGACCAGUACGUAAUUCGUGCACGAUUGGCACUAUUGGAUAAGCAAUUCAAAGUCGCAGAGCGUAUUAUGCUUGAGCAGGGCCGAGUUGAAGAGGCCAUGGAAAUGUAUCAAGAACUUCACAAAUGGGAUAUGGCCAUCAAAGUUGCUGAGAUGAAGAAUCAUCCUCAGUUGGACAAGCUGCGUGAAAACUACUUUAGGUGGUUGAUUGAGUCUGGUCAGCAAGGAAAAGCUGGUGAAUUGAAGGAAGCGCAGGGUGAUGCCGCCGCAGCUAUCAAUCUUUACUUGGAAGGAGGCAUGCCAGCGCGAGCUGCAUAUGUUCUCAAUCAUUUUGGAAUGGGUUCAAAUAGUGCUCUGACAGAAAAAAUUGCUUCGGCUUUGUUUAAAGCUGGGUUGUAUGAACGUGCUGGAGAACUAUUCCAAUGCAUCCCUGGUGCUAGUCAGCGUGCACUGGACGCAUUCAGGAAAGGAAGGGCAUUUCGAGCUGCUGUUGAAUUGGCUAGAUCUAGUUUCCCUCGUGAAGUCGUUGUAUUGGAAGAGCAAUGGGGAGACCAUCUUGUAUCCUCAAAACAAAUGGACGCAGCCAUCAAUCAUUAUAUCGAAGCUGGCAAAUCCGUGAAAGCCAUGGAAUCAGCAGUUGCCGCCAAGCAAUGGAAAAAAGCUGUCAAUAUAGUUGAUUCACUGCCGUCUGAUGCAGGCAAACCAUACUUGUUGGAACUAGCACGUCAUUUCGUUGAAGUCAGAGAUUUAGCUGAAGCUGAGAAAUACUAUGUUGCUGGCGGACGACCACAAGAUGCUAUUGAAAUGUACAAGACGUAUGAUCGAUGGGAUCGUGCUCAUGCUCUUGCUACGUCGUUUAUGGGCAAGAGUGAAGCCAGAUCUUUGUCGAUGGCUCAGGCGAAGGAGUUGGAGAUGAAGGAACGAUACAAGGAGGCCGAAAAAAUCUACAUCACACUAAAUGAACCUGAUCUCGCCAUUGAAAUGUACAAGACACAUAAACAAUAUGAUUCUCUGAUACGGCUUGUCGCUGCUCAUCAUAAAGACAAGUUAGGCGAGACACAUACCUUUUUGGCCAAGCAGAUGGAGUCAGAGGGUAAUUUACGUGGUGCAGAGCAUCACUUUGUUGAAGGUGGUGAUUGGAAAGCUGCUGGUAGUAUGUAUGUUGCUAAUAAUAUGUUUGAGGAAGGGCACCGAGUGGCCAAAACACAUGGUGGGCCAAACUCUGCAAAUCAAAUCGCCUACCUCUGGGCACGAUCAUUGGGUGGUGAAACAGCAGCUAAGCUGUUAUCUAAAUUCGCCUUAUUGGACGCAGCAAUUGAUUACGCCAUGGAAAACAACGCCUUUGAUUUCGCGUUCGAGUUAGCCAAGUUCGGACCAGACAAGUCUAAAUUGAGUGCUGUGCAUUUACGACAGGCAAUGCUAUUAGAAGAUUCUGGUCGAUUUGUGGAAGCUGAAGGAGAGUUUAUCGCAGCCGGUAAACCACAUGAAGCUGUAUUGAUGCAUGUACAUAAUCAGGAUUGGGAGCGAGCCAUGAUGGUUGUUGAACGCCAUGAUCAAGAAUCCGCUACGGAGGUUCUGGUGGCUCAAGCUGGUGCAUUGUUUAGUAAAUCCGAGUAUGGGAGAGCAGAGACGUUACUGCUACGAGCUCAAAGACCUGAACUGGCUAUUAAAAUGUACGAGGAGGCCGGACAAUGGAAGGACGCCAUUCGAUUUACUAAGGAACAUGCACCAUCUAAAUCAGCUGAAGUGCAUUCAGAUUAUGAUCGAUUCCUAGCGUCAAAACCUGAUGCUGGACGUGAAGAAAUCCUAGCUUCUGCAAGAUUGAUGGAGCAACAUCAAGAUUACCCUCGAGCUAUUGAAAUGUAUCUCAAGAUUUCGUCCACAAUGACCAACGAUACGGAUGUAUUAGAGGGUAUUUGGUGUCGGGCUGUUGAGGUGGCAUUGAAAAAUGCGCCGAAUAAAGCUAAAGAAGUUGCUGCUACUGUUGGAGGUCGAUUAGAAAAGCUGGGUCGACUUGUAAAAGCAGGAGAUGUAUACCUCUCUGCCGAUCUUAUACGAGAAGCAGCUGACGCAUAUUCGUCUGGUAACGCAUGGGAUAAAGCACGACAAGCUGCAUCUCGUGAUCGUCGUGUAGCAGAUAUAGUCGAAUCCGCAUAUGUCAAACAUUUACGAACACAAGGUCGUGCUGACGCACUCGUCAGUGUUGAUGUCACUGCUGGCCUGGACAUGUAUGCUGAACGUGGUGAAUGGGACAAGUGUCUUGCGACUGCUGCUGGUCAGGGUCCUGAAGUCCUGAGUAAAUAUCUUGGAGUGCGGACUGGAACGCUUAUUAGGGAUGGGAAGGUGGAUGCUGCUGUGGAUUUGCUGAUUCAGUAUGAUUGUCCUCCGACACCAGAAUUAUAUGACGUGUAUAAGAAGCUGACGAGACAUGUGCUAGUUAACGGGUCGCCUGUACUGCUUGCUUCUGCGAGGGAAAUGCUCUUCAAGUUGGUAUAUGGUGUUAGCUAUCAGCCCUUAUCAGGAUUGCCCUCCGAGUUUUCAAAACUAUUGACAAUCACACAUUUAAUCACGCUUCGUAAUUAUUGUGGGACUAGACGGGAACUGGUGCAGAUUGCUGCUAAACAAGCUAUAUCACUGUUACGAUAUAAUAAUGAGCUAGUUGUGGAUCGAGUGUUUUAUGAAGCUGGAUCAUCAUCCAAGGCUGCUGGAAUGACAAACAUGGCUUUUGUAUGCUGGAAUCGGUUCCUGGAUAUAGUAGAAGCCAUUGAAUCUGGUGAUUCAUCGGUGCUAGAAAAUGCUGAUUUCGCGGAUACUGAUGUACCGUUUGAUUUCAAGAUGCCAAAAGAUUCUAAUUUGAUGCCCAGAAAGUCAGACGUCAAGGACUGGAUUUUGCAAGUAUCCAUGGAUCAACGUGUUCGUCAAGAAGUUGACAAGAGGAAUUGUGAAGGUUGUGGUACGACUAUUUAUGCUGCUGCUCUCAGUUGUCCAAAUUGUCGUCAAGUGCAUGAGCCAUGCAUCAUUACUGGAUAUCCUGUGUUGAGAACACGAGCUUCAUGUGGAACAUGUCGAGGAGUAGCGAAUCGAGAAGAUUGGAACAAGUUUGUCUCAGUUGAACAUGUGUGUCCGUGGUGUGGCUCUCCUGCCUCCUAA